UCCGCACGAACUGAAUUCGAUAUCUAUAUUGAUGAACAAGGUCUUGGCAAUCGCGUAUCGUAGUCGUUUCAAGGCCUCGAACACGCGGGGCGCAAGGAGAAGCAUCGAGUGUUGCGACAAGGUUGAUCUGGCAUCAACAUGAACAUCUGACAUUAAUCAGGCUGCAUCGCAUGCCUCAUGUCAACGUCACCGUCCAAUUCUCACAGCCAUCAAGCUGUCGAGGCCGAGUCAAGUCGUAAUCCAUACGAGUCUCCAUACACGACUGACAAUGACCCUGAUGGUGACCCGAACACGCACGUCUCAUUCAAGUCCGGCUUCCGGACAUCCUCUGGCUUCCUUCCUUCGCCUCUAUCCACUAGUCGCGACCCAUCGCCUGGAUACAAUGAUGCCUCUCAUCUACAGCAAAGACGUGUCAGCUCUCGAUCGCCAGUCCAACCCACUACCGGCAACAUUCUCUCGUACCUCAAUACACCGGCUGUCGCGCAAGAUGCAAAAGACCCCUCUGCCUUGGACUGGUACGUCGAAGGUCCAGGUCGUCGUGUUGGCUACGACAACUUGACUGCCAUUGACUGGAUCUUCGAGUACGCAAAAGAAAGACAACGUUUAAGGGUGUUGCGAUCCAAUGCUGUUGGUCUGCUAGGAUACUUUCAACUGCUCGCAGACAGCAGUCAGACAUGGAUCAUCCUGGUCGCGACCGGAAUUGCUGUUGGUGCUAUCGCUGCUGCCAUUGACAUCACCAGUGGAUGGCUGGGUGACCUUAAGGCUGGUUAUUGCAGUAAUGUUCAAGAUGGUGGAAAGUUCUAUCUGAACAAGGGCUUCUGUUGCUGGGGUCAGAAAGACUUUGAGACGUGUCCAGAUUGGCAGUCAUGGAGUCAUGGCAUGGGCGUCUCCUCCAGUGCUGGUAGCUGGAUUAUCAAUUUUGUUUUGUAUCUUGCUUACUCGGUUUUGUUUGCAUCAGUCGCUACGUAUCUAGUUACCCGAUUCUCGACAUAUGCAAAGCAGAGUGGUAUACCUGAAAUCAAGACCGUACUCGGAGGCUUUGUCAUUCGUCGCUUCAUGGGCAUCUGGACUUUGGUAACCAAAUCUGUUGGCUUGUGUCUUGCAGUUGCCUCAGGUCUCUGGCUCGGCAAAGAGGGUCCGCUUGUUCAUGUCGCUUGCUGUUGUGCCAACCUGUUCAUGAAGCCUUUUGAGAGCAUCAACAACAAUGAAGCUCGCAAACGCGAGGUCUUGUCUGCUGCUUCCGCUUCAGGCAUUUCUGUUGCCUUCGGCGCACCUGUCGGUGGUGUGCUGUUCAGUCUCGAAUCUCUGUCAUACUACUUUCCAGACAAGACCAUGUGGCAGUCUUUCGUCUGUGCCAUGAUUGCUGCCUUUACCCUCAAAGCUGUUGAUCCUUUCCGUACUGGCAAGACUGUUCCGUAUUCAGUAACCUACCACACCGGGUGGCACGGAUUCGAAAUUGUCGCAUAUGCGAUCAUUGGUGUACUAGGCGGCCUGUACGGCGGUCUGCUAAUCAAGCUAAACAUGCGUCUAGCUGCUCUCCGCGACUCACCUCGCUACCCGCUCAAGGAUCGACCAAUACUUGAAGUUUGCAUCAUCACAGUUGCCACCUCUGUUAUCGCCUUCCCUGUCACCUUCUUGCGCGCCCAAGCUUCGGAGUUGGUUUACUAUCUCUUCGCAGAGUGCAAAGACAUCCAAUCCGAUCCUCUUGGUCUUUGUAAGAGCGGCAUUGCCAACACUGGAGUCAUCUUCCUCCUGCUCAUCUCCGCCAUCAUUGGCUUCUUCUUCACAGCCUUGACUUUCGGUCUCCAGAUUCCUGCUGGCAUCUUACUCCCAUCCAUGACCAUUGGCGCACUAUACGGUCGUGUCAUUGGUCUCAUCGUCGAGGUUUGGCAACGCGAACAUCCUAAGUGGAUUGUCUUCGCCUCUUGUGAGCCCGACGUGCCCUGUAUAACUCCCGGCACGUAUGCCAUUGUCGGCGCCGCCUCAGCUCUAGCAGGCGCAACACGCAUGACCGUCUCUAUCGUGGUUAUCAUGUUCGAACUCACCGGCGCCCUUACCUACGUCCUGCCCAUCAUGAUCGCCGUCAUGAUUGCAAAAUGGGUCGGCGACGCACUCGGCAAACGCGGUAUCUACGAAGCUUGGAUCGCCUUCAACGAAUACCCAUUCUUGGACAAUCGCGACGACAGACCCAUCCCUGAUAUCCCUGUCUCGCAAAUCAUGACCAGACUUGAAGAUUUGGUUACCAUCACCGCUGAAGGCAGUACCAUCGAAUCCCUCACCAACCUUCUCAAGGAAUACUCUUACCGUGGCUUCCCUGUUAUAUCCAAUUCCCACGAUGCGGUUUUAUUGGGAUACAUCUCACGCACAGAAUUGUCCUUUGCUUUGAAAUCGGCGACGAGCACGAGAAAUCUACCUCUACACACUUCUUGCUUUUUCUCCCAUCAACCACUCGCAGAUGUGGAACAUACGCUCGACCUUCGCCCUUGGAUGGACCAAACGCCAAUAACUUUGAACUCGGCAAUCGGCCUCGAACUCUGCGUCAACUAUUUCCAACGCUUGGGCUUGAGGUAUCUAGGAUUCUGCGAUCGGGGUGUGUUGAAGGGAUUGCUUACGAAAAAGGACGUUUGGUUUGUGGUUAAUGGUGGUGAUGAGUCAGGGGGCAGGGUUGCGGGUGCUAGGGAAGAUGAAGAUGCGCAUAGGAGGGUUAGAGGUGUGGGGACGCAUUUGAGAGAGGGUGAUGAGGGGGAGGAGAGGGGAUUACUAUUUGAAGGGAGAGGAGGGGAGGAACGAGAUGUGGAUUUAGGUGGUGAUGGGCGUGGUUAGAAGUGCGGGAAUAGAAGUUUUGUACGCAAACACACACACACUCUCUCUCUGUGCAAGAUGUUAUGAGAUUAUGUUAUGAUCUCCUCCUGCCGUGCGAGGCUUAUCUCACAGUUGUCAAAAUGCACGAUGAAUUUCAAAAAAAGACCUUCAUGUCCAGUGAGAGCGCGGAGCCAGGUUUCUUUCUUGGUCGAGGCGGAAACACCAGCG